AUGGAUAAAAAUGUCGUAAUGCUUUGGGAAAAAUUAGAGGAAAAAUUAAACCAACAAACUCUAACUAUAACAUCAGCAGUAACCACAAACGUUAUGGAAGCGAUAAAUAAUAAGAUGGAUUCAAUUAUUCAAGAAAACAAAAAAUUAAAAACUCAGAUUACAAAACUUAAACAAAAACUAGAUCAAAUGGAAAUAGAUAAAAGAAAAUGCCUUCCAUCUGGGAUCUAUGUAAAAGAAGACUACUCGAAGCACAUAAUAGAAACCCGAAAGCAACUGCAACCAAAAGUAGAGGAAGAAAGAAACAAGGGUAACUUUGCAUAUAUCAAAUAUGAUAAGCUAAUCGUUAAGAAACCAAAUGAUCCAGGCCGUGAAAAAAGGAAGCGGGAACAGAGUGACUCGCCGAUAUCACCUACACAAAAGAGAGGUAUCAAAAAACAACUAACUACCCCCGACAACCGGAACAAAAACAAUGCUAACUGUAGAUCAACACCAACAAAGGACAACGAAAGAAAACAUGCACUUACCACCCCAAGCCGGCUGGUCACCGUGGGGCUCAGCGACUACUACCCUCCUAAUUCACAAUUCUUAACAAAUACAAUCAAUUCCAACAGAUCUCACUCACCACAUCACAUCUCUCCCGCAACAGAAAUUUCCCAUAUAUUUAUUUGUACUUUUAACGCGAGAUCACUAUCAUCAGACGAAAAACUCCUAGAAUUUAAAGAAAGUAUUGCUUCAAUAAGGUAUGACAUUAUUGGCUUAUCAGAAAUAAGAAGAGAAGGAUAUAACAUUGAAGAGUAUAGUGAACAUAUAUUUUGUUACUUCGGUGAAAGAAAGGGACACUUAGGCGUAGGGUUUCUCUUAAAGAAAAUACUCAAGCAAUACAUUGAGAGUUUUAUUGGUGUAUCAGAACGAAUCUGCAUUUUAAAUUUAAAAAUAAUAAAUUUAGAUAUGUCUAUUAUCCAAGUCCAUGCACCCACUUCCGAAGCAAGCGACAAUGAGAUAGAGAAAUUCUAUGAACAAGUACGUAAUGCUAUGAAGCACUGCAACAAGCAGUUUAUAUUAGCAGGUGACUUUAAUGCUAGAAUAGGAAAAAGGUUGCCUGGUGAAGAAAGAGUAAUGGGUGCAAAUUGCUUUGGUAAACGGGAUCAAAGAGGAGAUCUGCUCCUGCAAUUUUGCCGUGAAAACGACUUAAAGAUAAUAAAUACCCAAUUUACAAAGAAGCUAAAAAACCUAUGGACCUGGCUUUCCCCCAAAAAGCGAAGAAGUCAAAUUGACUAUAUAUUAACAAAUGACAUGCGACAUAUACAAAACAUUGAAGUGGUGCACAAUCUAUCAUUUGCCAGCGAUCACAGUCUUGUAAGAUGCACAUAUAUAGUAAAAGACCUAAAAAGAGUCGGGUAA